AUGCGAAAUAUCCUAUUUUUGACAAUAAUUGGAUUUUCCCAAGCGAAUUUUUUGCCAGAUUCCAUCUAUUCCUUCCAACUUUCAUGUUUGGACACCACUAGUUCUUCGACCACUGAAGUUCCUGCAACUACUACACCAACAAAAACAGUGUUCAACUUUAAUUUAACCUGCCCCACCACAUCCACUGUCAUGCCUACAACUACUAUCGAAACCUCCAAAUCCGAGCAGUGCGGAGCAAAUAGGAAGACAACUAGCAUGAGUUUCCAAAAAUCUUUUGUCACCGGCGCCUGCCUCACCUACCCCUUUAUCGGACAAUCCCUUACCUACCGUAACCAGGAGGAUCUAGCAGCUCAAGAUUACUCGAAGAUUAUGACUUUUAAGGCAAUUACGUAUAUAACCAGAGAGCAGUAUUCAACUCAAAUAGAGGAUUUCUUGAAGUUGAGCCCGAGUUUGAAUGUUUUCGUGGUGCAGUUUGAUGGGACCUCGAGAGCCGUCCUCCUAGACGCUGCCCUACAAAACUCGUGCUCCACCGACACAUCUGACUGCCUGGAUUUCAAGUAUGAAGAUGUGAACUCAAUUUUCUUCACUAUUUGCUGGGAUUCCAAAAACUAUUCGAAUGGGCUUUAUAUUGAAACUUUGUUCGAUCAAAUAUUAUUGUAA